UCGCCGACAUUGAUUGCUUAAGCACUGCCGUCGCCCGUGAGUCGCAUAGAGGCUGAGAGAUGGCAGAAGCCUUCGGUCUUGUGGCGAGCGUUUUCGCAACUAUUCAGAUCGCAGAUAGAGUGGUAUCGAUCUGCAAGCACUACAUCGAGCACGUCCAGGGUGCACCAUCAGACCUACGCACAAUCCUCGUCGAAACCUCAUCAGUAGGGGCAGCCUUGCAAAAUGUUGAUUUCCUUCUCAAGUUCGAAGAACCAAACUCGCCUUUACGAAAAGCUUUGGACGGAAAUGCAGGGCCUGUCGGAGAAUGCCAUGGCGCCAUCGAACAGCUGGAGAAGUUGAUCGCCUCCGACGAAACACAGGCACAAGGGACCCGUGGAAUGAAGAGAAGAAAAUUACAAGUCACCAUGAGAACCUUGGCAUGGCCCUUGAAGGAGACCAAGGCCAGAAGUUUGCUUCAAGAUAUCGCACGAUGCAAGAACACUAUCAGUCUCGCCUUAACCGCGACUUCCUUUCAUGACAUCAAGCUCAUUCGUGAGAAAACUUCACGCAUACAACAAGCUUUGACAGAGAACCAACGAACAGAGGUUUACAAGUGGCUCAGACAUACUGAGCCUUCAUCAAUUCACCACCGAGCUUGCACAAACUACGAACCUGGAACUUGCGACUGGAUGUCACGCACUUCGGAAUGGGCCCAGUUCAGUCGUGGAGAUCUACGAUGCCUUUGCAUUCAUGGCAUCCCUGGCGCCGGAAAGACCAUCCUAGCUUCCCAGCUCACUGAAAAACUUGAGGAGAGUUGUCAAGAGCCUACCCCAAAUGAUUCUAAGUCCAUUGGGAUUUACUACUGCUGCUACUUUGGACACAAUCAGGACGAAUCGGCACCAUUUCUUCGAUGGAUUCUCGAACGCAUGUGUAGGAAAGCCGAACAGGUGCCCGACCAGCUUUGGAGAAUGUUCAAAGACGGUGGUGAUCCUAGCCUUAGCGGCUUACUCGCUGCUCUUGAAACUGCUUCGAGCUACUUUAGCAGCGUUAAAAUCAUGAUUGACACCGUCGACGAAAGCAGUCCCCGGGAAGAGCUUCUUAAAGUCCUGCGAGAUCUUGCUACCGACUUUAGAUUCUCAAAGAUCCAGCUCCUGGUGACUAGCCGGGAAUAUUUGGACAUUGAUAAAGUCAUGCGCGAUAUUUCAACGGAAGUAUCCAUGCGGAAUGAAUAUCUCGAUGCUGAUAUACGGCUGUACAUCGAAACGCGACUCGCCACCAACGACAAGCUGAAAGACUGGACUGAAGACUUACGCAAAGAGGCUUUGGAAGCCUUGUGUGAUGGUGCGAAAGGAAUGUUUCGCUGGGUUGUAUGUCAACUUGAUGCCUUGCGACGAAUCAAAGGUACCAAGGCAACCAUCAGAAACGAAUUGAAGAACCUCCCCAGAACUCUUAACGACACAUACGACAGAAUUUUUGAAAUGGUACCUGAAGAAGAUCACCCGAUUGUGCUCUCGGCUCUCGAUUGGAUAUGCUUCAACAACAAAGUCUUUUCCGAUGAGUCUAUCAGUUGCAAUGUGCUGCUCGAAGCCAUCGAAAGAGAUCUAAAUCAAAAAAAAAUUGGGCCCACGAGAUUACCGUUACGAUGCCGAGAUGCUUCUCGAAUUAUGUGGCUGUCUCAUUACAGUCACCGCACCUGAAUACAGGGACCCUUUCCCGGAUGGAGAGCUUCAAGUUUCGUUCCCUCAUUACACCGUCAUGGAAUACUUGGCCGUAUCAGCUAGCACCGUAAAUGGCUUUUGCUUUCGUUUUGAUGCAGGCGAAGCUUUGAGCGAGCGGGCAAGGUUUCUUUCUCUUGGAAGCAUUUCAGUCCACUGUUGACGAUGAUGAAGGUCUUAUUCUUGAGAGCGAUCUGGAUUCUCUGGACAACCCGUGCAUCAAUCUUUUGCAACCAGGCUUCAGAACAUACUGCGUUUUAGCAGUAAUAGUUCUGAUUGAAGACCAUGAUAGGUUCUUCGAACAAAAUGGAGAUCUUGCUGCAAUGCUUACAACUCCG